GUAAUAUUAUAAGCAGGGUUUCAAUAUUUAUGAAAUUCUUGGUCUUUUUACGAACAUACCACAGAAUUGAAUUUUACAAUUAUUUAACAAUGUUUUAUUAAAACACAACAAAAUAUCUAUAUAGGACAAACAGAACAAAUGAAACACAUUUGAUAUGCGUGAUAAAAUAAUAACGAAGUUUAUUGAUUUAAACGUUAUUCUACUAUGAAGUCAAAACAAUUCAUAAUUUUGUCAACUCGGCUUGUACUUUGAAAAUCGACUCAAUAUUUCUUCAACAAAUCCUAAAUAAACGAUUAUAAAAACUAUGUAAACAGAAUGUUUCUUCUUCCGGUAUUUUAUAAUGUUUUCUUGUAUUUAUAUUGAUAUUAUUUUACUUGCAUAUAUUCGUUGAAAGCGACGAAAUUUUCAAAUUUUACUACCAGGUGGUGCUUCGAUCAUCACGGAUUUCGAUUGGAAAUCUUGUUUCUUCUUAACCAAUCAUUGCUCAAUUUUUGUUACUAAAAUAUUAAACAGGACUUAUGAACGUUUAACGUAAAAAUAAUGUGAAUUCAUUUGCGAAUGAAAAAAAAAGUAAAAAUAAAUUAAGAAUAAAUAAAAAAAAUUCAGUUAAAGAAUUCAUAUUUUGAUAUUUAUUAACACAUAGUUGGUAUACACAUUCAUUCCCCUCAAGAGUAUCAUCUGUGUUGUUUGUAUAAUACUAUUUGUAUUGUCGAGUAGUUAAAAAUAGUUGAAAAAUAAAUCUUCAUAAAUCGAUCGAUUUGAUAAAUGUAUAUGUGCAUAUAUAUAUAUGUAUAUAUAUGUUCGGAUAAAAAAUAUUUUUCUUAUUAAUGGCUGCGAAUGACAUUAAACAAACUCUUAGAAAAUUAGAUUUUCCUUAUUGUGCUAAAGAGGCAUUAGCCAGAAUUGAAAUAUUAUGUAGCAGACCUGGAAAACAAAUGGAUCUUCAAGGGGAUCUAAUGACAGAAUUUAUUUUUGGAGAGAUAGAAAGACCGGAAAGUCCAAGAUAUAAAAUUUUAGGCAAUUUGGUAUCUCUAGCAAUUGCUACUCAAAAUAAAGCAAUUCUUAAUGCAACUGGAAUCUGGAUGCAGCAAUUGGGUUCCACUUCAUCUCAAAGCGUAGGACUGGCAAGGCAUGUACUCAAUGACUAUUUUGUCCUUACACCAAAAUCUAUUGACAAGCUAAAGCAGCUUCCUGUCCUUGCCUCCCAUUUCACCGCAAACUUACUGACGGCAAUAGGUGAAGUUUAUGAAGAUAAAGAUCCACCUACGGAAUUGCUCAAAUUAGUAGGAGAAUGGAUAGAUGAAAAUCCAAGUUUGCUAUUAACACCUUUGAUGGACAACCCUGCAUUGCCAAGCGGUGGUAUACCUAUGACACCAAUAACACCUAUAGCUGGUCUUUUUAGAUGGUGCAUUUUAAGUCCUUUACGCUUUGAUAUUACAGUCAAUGGCGAACAAGAAGAUCGGAAAAAGAGUUAUUCCAAAAUUCAGCAGUUACUUAUGGACUCUGUACUGAGGUUAAAGAGUAGUGGGACUAACAAACAUGCUAUAUCUGCACAACAUUUAGCAGCUACUGUCCGGGUAUUAACCACUACUUUACAGACUUGUACAAAUAUAAAUUCUGCAUUACGUGAUUUAGCAAUGGAGAGAUUAGCUCAAGCCGUGAGCGCAGCAAUGUCUGCAAAUUGUAUUUAUGGUAAUAAACAAGAAUUACUAGCAUUGUUGCAACCACUAUCAUAUCAACAUUUUUUAAUUGAAUGGACUCUACAGACGUAUACUUCCAAAACUGCUUAAUAAGUAUUCCUUAUAAUUAAUUUUAAUGAAAGUAUAUCGUUUAAGUUGAUCAGGAUGAUGGAUAAUGGCUAAUUUAGUGCCUAAAUAAAUUACGAUUA